AUGUAUUCACAACCAAGAGGAAAUGCAGAGGAGUUAAAAGUCAGUACACCAAAGAUACGAAGGUGCCUUUCAAGAGAUGAUGUAGAGAAUGACAAAAAUACAGUGGAAAUUGUACUGAACUUCCCAGGUAUCAGUUUGCUAAUUUCCCUGAGAUCCCAAAAGUAUGACAAAAAUGAAUUAAAAGACAUAAAUGUUCAAGUGAUUACAGGAAGCAUAAAUAUGAAGUAAUAGAAACCAUUAACAGCUAAUAUUACAGACUAUGGUAACACAAGUGAUAGUGGGAAGCUGGAAUGGAACCCUAGAAGCAAUAAAAAAAAAAAAAUAAGACACCAAGAUGAAAGGAUGCCAGAUCCCUAUCAUACUGCCAUGCAGGCUACCAUUUCUGAACCCUUUGAUAUGGAAAAUAUGAAUAAAUUAAAAACCAAUGAAGGCACACUGACAAUAAAUUAUAGUCACACUGCACUAAAGCAAAAGAAACUACUAGAUGAAAAGAAAAUACAGAAGUAUAUCGAUAAGAGCUCCAUACUUAGAAAACCACAAGAGUGGGACAGUGAGGAAGAAGAAAAAAGUAGACAAACAGUUCAACCACUGGCAGAAGAUCUCAGAGGCAGCAUAUGUCUGAAGCAAAAGUACAAAUGUGCCCAAUUAGAAAUGUGACAGAUCUGUUCGAGAACCAGAAAAACUCAAAGGAAAGAGAAAGAAGUACAGUCACAGACUAAUUCUACACAGACAGUACGGGUGACUAGCCCAUGUCCCUUGACAUAUCCACUACAAGUUGAAGUAAAGCAAAGGACAGACAAGCCUACAGACAGAAAGGAGGCUGUAGGUUCCUAGCACCGACCUUUAAGGCCAGAGAACUCAUUGGCUAGUGAGUAUUUAAUUGAAACAACAGAAUGUAGGGUCCCAUUUUGUGGAAAUCCUACAAAAACACUCUAUGGUAAUAUUACAGAAGACAAAGAAGACUUGACAAAGGACUUAUGUGCAGUUGCCACAAGACUUCAAAGUCAGAAAAAGAAAUCAUUAAGACCAAAAAAUGUACUCAGUGUCAAGCAUAAAAUUAUUAAAGUGAAAAAAAAAAACCCUGCAUUUUCCCUGAGGCUUUCUGUCACUGCACAUAACACUCUGAAUAGGAGAAAAGUGGGAGACAGCUUUGAAAUCAACAUUAAACAAAUGCUGCAUGAUGUAAUAUGGGCACCUGGGCUUCUGAAUGUUCAGCCUCAGAGGUCUAGCAUUCGAAAUAAUAAAACAGGUAUCAAGAUAACACCCCCCAAAACCCACAUUGAAAGGAAAGAAAAGAUCUUUGAUUCCCUUGAUAAAGAAAGGAAAGCUGUAGAUGCUCCAGAAGUUCAGUUGUGCUGUGAUGUGAAAGUGCUGCCAGAGACAGUGGCUCCCGUUCAGAGGAGCUUCCGAUUUGACGCACGCCCAGUCAAAUCUGAGACUAAGAUGGAGAAAGAAAUGUUUCAAGCAGUAUCUCUCACUGAGGCAGUUAGGGAGUCAGUUGACUCACUGAGAAUGGAUUCAUUUUGUGUUGCAAAUACAAAACCAGCACAUCUACACAGACAGAGCGCCAAUAUUAUGCAGAAUUAGAGUUGGGUCCUCCAGCAUCAGGAAAAUAACUGAUGGGAGACUCUCUGAGCCAAUCAAAAGAAAAUAAUGUUCCAAAUAAUGAGAAUAAUACAAGGGAAAUCAGUUGUGGUUUUACUCAAAAAGCUUUCUCAUGUUCUUUAAAUUACUGCAUGCCUGUUUUGACUCAUUCUCAAAAGGAGAAAGACUGAGCAAGAUUCACAAAUAUGAGUACAGUGAGCCUCAAGUAUAUGAAUAAGGUGAAACCACCGGCUUCAAAAACAUUCAAUAUCAUAGGCAAUAAAAAGUCAAAAUUGGACCUCAAGACCAAAUUAGAAAGGAUAAAUGAAGCUAAAGCAUUUUA